UAGCCCAAAUACGCCGUGACCCGUUCCGGCUUGCAAGCACUACCACCAUCCACCCAUACCACACGCGCCAUGGAAGAUGAAUACCUUUCGGACCUGACCGACGUCGAGGAGGAAGAGGUCCAGGAUACUCUAUCUUCAUCAAAGAAGGCCCGGGGUAAGGCAGUGAAGGGAGACACCUCGACGUACCGGAUACAGGGGGCUCUUAAUGCCCCCCGUGCGACUACCUACAAUGCUCAACAUAUCUUCGACCAACUGGAGGCAGGAGACAUCGACCUGGAAGCGGAAUACCAACGAGACGUCGUCUGGCCUAUUGCGAAGCAAAUUGGCCUCAUUGACUCCGUCUUCCGCAACUUCUACAUCCCCCCGGUCAUCUUUGCUGUCACGUAUCAUAGCGAUGGCUCUGAGAAGCGAGUUUGUAUUGACGGGAAGCAGCGGUUGACGUCCAUCCAAAAAUUUAUGAAAGGCAUAAUCCCUCACAAAGAUGUAUUCACAGGAGACAAAUUCUUUUACAAGGAGAACCCGAGUCGGACAGAGAGGGGGAAGCUACUGCCCACUCAAUACAAGAAGGUUUUCGCCAACAAGCAGAUUGUUUGCAUAGAGUAUACACAUCUAGACGAAGGCAGCGAGCGGGAAAUCUUUCAGCGGGUCCAAUUGGGCAUGGCACUGACACCGGCCGAAAAAUUGCAAGCUGUUAGCAGCCCAUCGAGCCAGUUCGUACGUACCCUCCUCGCUCUAUACGUGCACAAUCAGCUCGGCAGGAAAAGCCACAAGAACAAGAACCAGAUCCUCCAAUGGGACACUUCCCGUGGUACUGACUUCCGUUGCGUGGCAUCUGCGGUGUAUUGUACUACCAAGGCCAGCAAUGCGGAACCGGCCAUGAGCUCGCUGACCAAGUGGCUGCAACAGCCAGAAGAGCUCGACGAGCACUUCUGCAAGAGCCUGCACGACACGUUCAAGAUUUUCGUUUCGCUCACAAAGCACCGGAAAUGGCGCAGCUGCUUCGACAUCUACGACAAGAACAAGCUACUCAAGGUCUCUCCCGCCGAGUUCAUCACGAUAACUGUCCUCAUACACCGCCAGAAGGGCAAGUUUACCAUGAGUCAGCUCUCUGAGGCCAUCGAGCAGAUGAGGCUCGAUAUCCGCCAGGUCGAGGCGGAUGUGCGGAUGAACAGUCGAUGCUUCAAGCACAUGUUCGGGUUCAUCAAUAAGCUCAAGGCGAGCCAAUUCCACGCAGACCCCGAGAAUGACGUGGCGGCCGUGGCCAUCAGGAGCCUGUAUGCUGAAGACGAGCCUCACGACGCGAACUCGGAGGACGGGAGCGAGGACGAGGAUGAGGGCGUCGACCAGCUCGACGCGACGCCUGCGCCCACGAAGGCCAAGUCGAAGGCCAAGGCGAUGCUGUCCAAGCGCAAGCGCGCCAAGGCGAGCAGCGACGACGAGGACAACGCGGAGUAUCACCCGAACAAGCGGCCCCUCACGAAACAGUCGUCAUCCACGAAGAAGUCGUCUGCGCACGCCGCGAAGCGUGAGUCGUCGAGUGAAAUCGCGCCGCCACCCUCGUCCGCGCCGCCGCCGUACAGCACGCAGCCCCAGACCGACCGGCUCGAGGCGAUUCGCCACGCGAAGGCGUUCCAGCAGCAGCCGGGCGCGCCGCAACCGCCGCCGCACCAACAGCAGCAGCAACAGGCGCUCCCGCCCGGGUGGCCGAACAUCAGCGCGGCGCUCGGCACGGGGUACUCGUCGUCGGAGCUCUCUCGCGCGCUUCUGGAGCGCCUCGGCAUCACGCAGGGCCCGCAGCCGUACGCACCGCCACAGCCGCCCCAACCGCCGCCGAGCAUGCCGUACCCGCCCGAGCCGUACGGUCAGCAGCAGCAACAACGCAACCCGCCGCCGCCGAUACCGCGGAUGCCGAGCGGGAGCCACUAUCCAGCGGGGGAUAGCGGGUACCAACAUCGGGGAGGCGGCGCACCACCGUAUUAGGCUCGGGAUCGCGUCUUGGGGCCGGAUCGUUUCGUUCUUGGCGGACGUGUUCGCCCUGAGUGCUGGCCUCGGAUGAUGCAUGCUUUGAGUUUUGGCCACUGUACGUAACCUAGGAACGCAAUAUCUUCUUGACCUCUCUCUUCUUGACCUCACAAAAUUCGGAUAUCUUAGGAACGGGCUGAGCAUAUAUUUUCACAUGGACCUAGCAUUACGUUGAUUAUAGCUCGGGGCAUACACCAAGUCUAGUCAGGGGCCUGCUAUACACAAACUUGGAUUCAACCAAGCUUCACUGCGUCGGAGGCGUCUUAAUACCCUCCCGCGUCGCCCAGUCGAGCCAAGAGCCUCUGUACUCCACAAUGCUAGGUGUACGUUGUCUAUUAGUACCUGCUCCUCGUCCGCGUGCGCGCGCUCUACUCACUUGGUGUAACCGGCCUUCUUCGCAGAGUCGGCCGCAAUGGAUGAGCGCUUGCCCUUCUUGCAGUAGAUGAUGACCUCCUGGUCUUUGCGCGGCUUCGUCCAGCCGAACUGCGCCUCGAAGGCCGAGUCGUCGAGCGCGAAGCCACCGGUGAGGACGUACGUCAGCGGGAGGUUGUGCGCGGUCGGGAUGUGGCCCUCGAGGAGCUCGGCGGGCUCGCGCACGUCGACGAUCACCGUGUCCUGUAUGGUAGCGCAGUCGUCAGCGUGCGUACGCAACUGCGGGAGGAAACGAGGCGUACGGGGUUCGGGGCGAGCGUCUUUGGCUUGAGCCCGUCAUAUGUGACCUGCUUGGGC